GGAUAAUAUGUUGAGUGCAUUGUAUGUCUCAAUCCAUUGCAUACUAUGGGCUAUAUGUAUGGCGUAUAUAAUAUACACGUGUGGGACGGGUGGGGCACCGGUGCUCAACGGCAUACUGUCGUGGAAGGGAUGGCAACCCAUUAGUAAACUGACUUUUCAGGCUUAUCUCAUCCAUAUAACUGUUUACAAGUAUAUGUUUUACACAACCAGACAAACAGUUUAUAUAACAAUGGGGACAGCGUUAUUGGAGUACACUAUUGAACAAAAAGAUAACCAACAUAGCGGUUCUAAGUCAUCGGACAAUGUCAUAUGA